AUGUCUGGAAGUGCUAGUGAAAGAAUCAUUGGUCAUAUGAACAAUGAUCACCAGUUGGCUUUGUCCGAUUAUGUUGUGGUUUAUGGGGAAACUAAACCAGAGAAUUUAGUUGAGGAAUCUGUUCAAAUUGUUUCUGUUGAUGAAAAACAAAUUGUUAUUGAAUAUGAUAUUGUCAAACCACCAAUCACUAAAACUUUAUCCCUUUACUGGUAUGAUGCUAGAGAAGAUGAAAAUAUCGAAGUUAAAUCUUUUGGAGAUAUUAAGGGCAAAUUAAUUGCCAUGGCAAAAUAUUGUGCUAAAGAACAAGGGUAUGCUAUUAAGAAAUUGGACAAAAUUGCUUUACCUGGAAUUGCAGAUUAUCCAAUGUAUAUUAUUUGGUUAGUAUUGUUUGCCAAUGCAUAUGAUCCAACUAUUUUGAGAAAAUUCUUUUCCAACAUUGGUGUUUUGAAGAAAUUGGCUGAAUAUUUACCAGCUGUGGCUUUUGUUCCAUAUCAACAUCUUGAAAACAAUGCACUCAAAUACAUUGUUGGAUUGUUUGUUACCCAUUUGGCAGAAGUAUUGUUGGUUACUAGAGGUUAUCUUAGAAAAUAUAGAGUUCCAGAAAACCAAAGAUGGAUUUGGUAUUUCAUGCACUUAAUUGAAGGUUUCCCAUUUAUUUUUAGACUUAAGAAUGCUACUAAGUAA